AUGACACCUGCCUGGGUGGUCUCCUUCCGUUUCACGGAGCGAAGCGUCGUGCUCAACACCUAUGAUGGCCAUUGGAAGGACGAGGAUCGAGCCGAUUUCAUGCCGAUUGACGAUUGGAGAUUGGUCGACCUCGUGAUCUGGAAGUACAGCUCAAAAAUGCACAUCUUUAUCAACAACUACGAAUUUGCCACGUAUGACAUGAACACGCCGCUGUAUAAAAGUAACACGAUGCGGAUUACAGGGGAUUUAGAGAUCCUUGGCGUGAAAAUGAAUGGUUGGUCGGUGGAAGGAAAC